AUCUGCCGAAAGAGGACCAUAUAAUACGGCUAGAGGAACUCAUAGUCUACAUCCUACGCUUGUUCCGAAAAAAACGGAGUCCGCUAGGCCCGCAAAACCGAUCACCAUGGGUAAACUCACUCGUCAACAACUCGAAGGUCUCAAUCUCUACAAGUAUUCUGGGGUAGACAAGUCCCUCUUGUCCAAGACGAUCCUGACACCGUAUUGGAAUCACCUGGUGACCUACUUCCCGAAAACAAUUGCACCGAACACCAUCACCUCGAUCGGUCUAGGAUUCGUAGCCGUGAACAUAGCCACACUCUUGUUCUUCGACCCGAAAUACGAGGGGAAAGAAUUACCUUCAUGGGUCUAUCUAUCAUGGGGUAUCGGUCUAUUCUUGUACCAAUCCAUGGACGCUAUCGAUGGGAAGCAAGCGAGGAGGACGGGUAUGGCUGGGCCUUUGGGGGAGAUGUUCGAUCAUGGGAUUGACGCGAUCAACACCAGUCUCGAGGUCAUCCUCUGUAUGGCGGCUUUCGGGCAGACCAGGACGUGGUGGACCGUCGUCUGUCAGGCUUCUAGUCUGGCGACUUUCUACCUCUCUACCUGGGAAGAAUACCACACCGGCACCCUCUACCUCUCGGCCUUUUCCGGGCCGGUUGAGGGUAUCCUCCUGAUCUGCGGAAUGUACUUUAUUACCGCCGCCAAGACGCCCGCUUUCUGGCAGACUCCGGUCAUCGACUUUUUGCCCAUCCUCGCGCACAAGUUCCAAUCCUUGGUUGGGAUGGGCAUCGGACAUGGGGUGGAGGACGUCGUAGAGAAGUUGCAUGGUGGUCUGAGUCAGUUGAAAUGGUUGAAGGGGGUUAGCGUCGUAGAAAGUUUCCUCUACUUUGGGGCUUUGGGAUUGGCGGGUAACAUUGCCAAUGCCUACUACAACGUCAUCCAAGCUAGGAGAAAAGCCAACAAACCCGUCCUAGAACCUCUUCUGGGACUCUUGCCUUACUUCUUCCACACCGUCCUCUUGGUCGCCUGGUUGGCUGGACCCAAGGUGGAUAUCGUGCCCACGGAGAAGAUCUUGUGGUUUACCGUCUACUGGGCUGCUACGUUCUCGUACCAAGUCAGCCAUUUGAUCUUGGCGCACGUGACCAAGAGCGCGUUCCCUUACUGGAACGGGAUGAUGAUCUGGACCUUUUUGGGUGCGGUGGACGCCAACUUGCCCAGAUUCGGAGUCGAGUCGUUCAUCCAGACGACCGAUGCGAGGACGUGGUAUUUCGUGGCGGGAUCCGCCUUGUUCGCCAUUGCCAACUAUGUCAGGUUUGCCAAGAGCACCAUCUGGCAGAUCACGGAAUACCUCGGUAUCGCUUGUUUCACCGUGCGACACAAGGAUCAGACGGGUCAUUGGGUGGAGAACGAGCAGGCGCUGGAGGAGAGGAGGAAGCGGCAAUAGAAUGGCGUCGGAAUCGACAUUCGAGGAAGAACGCCUUGUAUAGACCGUCUAGACAUGAAGUAGGAGGGUGCGGGAUGUGGACUGUAGAUGCGUUCGGGUACAGAUACACAGAAGCAUAAGAGAUAAAAUCCGAAGAUACUCAUACAUGCCAUGCAAACGAGCCGGAUCGCAAACAUUUCGCAUCUGUUGGACAAAACACUGGAGAUCUAUUGAGCGCAGAUCCGCAUUUAUGCAGGAGUCUCCUUA